AAACCAGAUAUGUACCUUAUCCACUCCCAUAAACAGAAUCUUGCCAGUUCUACCUUAUCUAUAUAUUCAUGUCAGUAAGUAACCAAACAACUCAAUACAAAGUAUUUUGCUCCAAAAACCAGCUUUACCAAAUGCAGGCAGCCUUAAGCUUAACACCUUCACCCCUCUCCAUAGCCUUAGUGACACCCACCAAGACUUUGGCUCUGCCAUGGAAGUCCAUGCUUAAAACGCAGACUCCUCGAUGUUCCCCGAUAAAAGGAACACCUGUUGCACAGGACAACUCCACUGUUGAUUACAGCUCCAUGUCCUCUGUUUUUCCAGCUGAGGCAUGUGAGACGAUUGGAGGAGAAGCUUGUGAUGUUGAGAUGUACCCUGAAGUGAAGCUAGAGCCGCCAGAAGCUCAAGGCACCAAGGCUAUGGCUGAUUCAGAGCAGAUUGACAGAGAAUACCUGGAGUAUAAUAGUCCCAAGACGGUCUUCUUAGGAGAGGCUUGUGAUGAUCUUGGAGGAGAAUUCUGUGAGCCCGAGUACCAGACAGGAGUCCAUUAAUUCCUAAUAGCUGUUGAAUAAUGAUCCUGAUUUUGAAGCUAUCAUGAACUUAUUUUUCCGUAGAGUAAUGGCAAUAGUCUAAACAUUUUAAGGAAAUUCAUCUCGCAAAGACUGCUGGUUGAGGUCGGGACAAAAGGAAAAAAACCCUGUUAUAGAAAACACUGUUUUUCUCUCUUACCAAACAUACUAUUUGUACAAAUCAACAUCACCAUUCCACAAUUCAGCCGAGUAAAUGCUGUCAUUAGAAUCGGCUACCAUAAUGGAUUAUAACCAUCACUGCCUCUACUGCUUCCUUCACGGCCCUAGCUUAUGUUAUUUUUAUCAUUUCUGAGAUGCAAUUUUACAGAAAUCUAUGCAUGAUGAUCCCAACUUUGCAUCAACAGAGAUAAAAGAGGGUAGGAAACAAGUUCAGAUCAGCAGAUAUUGCCUUUUAUAGUGAAAGGUAGUUACUAUUGAGCUUUAAAAAAGGCAGGGCCUUACAAAUUGGCAGUGUAGUUUACCAAAAACCAGAAUAGAAGAAGUGAAAGUACAUUUCAGUUAAAAAACUCGUUUGUUUAAGAUCUGAAAACGUGAUCUCAAGGAGACAUAAUGACAACAAUGGGUAUCAACUAUAAAAUACCCUAUGAAGGCACAACUUGAAUGUACAUCAGAUCAACAUGUUAAUCAAUAAAAUUGCAGAUUUCAUUGAGUAUGGACA